ACUGACAGUCCCUACUCCCUCUGACUUGCCACUUGUCUCUUGCACUUCUUGCAGUCUUGCCUGUCAUCCGAGUAUUCCGAGUUAUGGUAAUAUACUAAUAUGGUCUUGGUCCUUGUUUCCAGAAUUUCAGUUCAUUGAGUUCAUUCUGUUUUUUUCCGCAAUGUCAACAAACUAGUAUAAUAUUAAUACAUUUUAAUUUUAAUUCAAUUAUUCAGCACUUCAGCGGCAUUUGAAGUUGAUAACAAUUACGGAUUAAGACACCAUAAACUACGGUCUUAGCUUAGUCCGUUGGCAUACUGACCUCAACAAUAAUUACUGAAUCUGACCAUCAAAGAACAAUAAAACAAAGAAUUGAAAGUGAUUAAUUAGUUCUAAUCAAAUUCUUUAAUUAAGCAGGUGUUGGAGGAUUGGUGAGCAGAUUGUAGAUACCUACAUAAUAUUAUGUUUUCCUACUUGUGUUAUGAUUUUGAUUUCAAUAAUUGUUGAAAGAAAUUGUACGCGGUGGUACAAUAUCGUCUUGAGAGUAAUUCAAAUUGCCUAUGCCACAGUUGAGUUCACCUCAAAUAACAAUUUUUACAAUUGUACCCCUCAUUAUAAUUUAUCAUUUUAAAUAUGUCUGACACUGAAUACAGCUCAUCAACAGACAGUGACAAUAACAAUGUGUCCCCUUUUUUCAACCGUUAUUUGGGUUAUCCUCAAGGAUUYGAUUAUGAUCUUCAUGUUGAAAGCCCUCCACUUUUAGAAACGGAUAGUUCUUCAGAUAGUGAUAUUAUUCUUGAUGAUAAUCAAUUGUAUUCUUCAUCUAGUGAUUCAGAAGAUUUAAAUCGUUCAGAUGAUGAAUCAUCUCUAAGUUCAAGGAGUUCAUUUAUAUUAAAAUUGAUCAAACAAAAACAGAUUAAAAAAAUCAAAAUUAAUUCUUCAAAGUCCAAACAUUGGUGUCUGCCCAAAGAAUUAUAUAACAGAGAAAUUGGCCAGUAUAACCACCGUGCUCAGUGGGGUUAUAAUUUCUAUCAAUCAGUAGUAGCUGUACAUAAACUCAAAUUGAGUAAGCAGCUAAAAGGCCAUCAAGGAUGUGUAAAUUCAAUUGACUUUAAUAAAACUGGAGACAUGAUAGCUAGUGGAUCAGAUGACUUUAAAAUAUGUUUAUGGAAUUGGUCUAAUGGAAAGUGCUUACUCAAUUACAAUAGUGUACAUACUCAAAAUAUUUUUCAAACUAAGUUUCUCACAACACAAGGAGAUACCCAAAUUGUAUCAAGUGGACGGGAUGGUUUAGUUGUGUUGUCUAAUGUAGAUAAUUAUGAUGAAAUAUUUAGUAAAAUAAUAGCACGCCAUGAUUCCUCUUGUAACCAAGUUGGUGUACAUCAUGAAACACCAUAUGUAGUUCUCAGUUGUGGAGAUGAUGGAAUCGUUAAAAAUAUUGAUAUUCGUGAAUCUCCUAUUACUGAAAAUAAAAGAAUUACCAAUAUACUACAUAUCAAAAAURUUCGUGGUAGUUGUAUGCAUCUAUAUGGUAUUGACAUUAAUCCUAUGAAGCCAUAUGAGUUUAUUGUAAAUGGUGAUGAUGAAUAUAUYAGAAUGUACGACAAAAGACAACUAACCGUGGAUCCAGUUAAACUAUUCCAUCGUGAGCUAAAAAAUACUAAAACAGAAAAAACUGAUACUAAUAAUAGAACGGACAAUAGUACUAAUAAUAGCAAUGAUAAUAUUGAUGUUGGUGACGUUGAUCAUAGUGCUGUUGAUGUCGUUGACAAUAAUAGUGAUAGUUCUAGUUAUAUCCAUGUUGAUUCUGACUCUGAUAUGGAGGAGAUUUCAAGUUCAGAACCAUAUUAUAGACACAUUACAUCUGCUGUUUACAGUUAUUGUGGAACUGAAAUUUUAGCUUCUUAUAGUGAAGAUGACAUUUAUCUAUUUGAUGCUCUUGGUCGAUCAAAUUCAGUAUUACACAAUUAUAGUGGCCAUAUAAAUAAAAUGACUGUCAAAGGAGUUAAUUUCUAUGGACCAAGAAGUGAUUACGUAGUAUCUGGAUCAGACUGUGGAUUUAUGUUUAUAUGGGAUAAAAAAACUGAAGCUAUUGUCCAAAGAAAACGUGCUGAUAAAAAAGGAUGUGUUAACGUAUUAGAAGCACAUCCACAUAUACCAACCCUGGCAACUAGUGGUUUAGAUAAAACUAUUAAAAUAUGGGAACCUUUAAAUGUAUCUCAAGGUCCGAAUAAAAACAUGGUCAGAUUGGUAUGGCAUAUAAGGUCAAAACCCAUUUGACCAAAUAUCAUAGAGCUUAAGAGCUAACACUAUUUAGCCAAAAUUUCAUAAUAUAAUUAACCAUUAUAUAUUUGAUGUUUAUUUUUUAAGAAAAAUGUUAUUAAAAUUAUUUUUUGGUUACAUAUAUUAUAUAAUAAAUAGUAUAGGYGAUGAUUAUAUUAUUUAGGAGAGUUGAGUUUUAACACCAACCCUCUUAGCUAUGGGACUGCAUGUAAACCAAACAAAAAGAUUUUGACAAAAAUAAGUUUUUAAUUUAAA